UUAGUUCUCAUGACUCUUGGUCUCUCUCUAACACCUUUGCGGAGCUUCCUACAUGAGUGCAAGAAGCAGCAUGAAGCAAGCAUCCGCAAUACGACCAUUUUUUAUGACCGCGCGGAGAUGUCUACGAGUUGGGGUGUUCCGCGCGAACGGCCCGGCCGUCCUCUAUCCACCAUCGACCUCGACGAGAAACUCAAAACCGCUCUCGUCGCCGAUAUCACCGAAUAUCUGCAUCCACACCGCGCAAAAUGGUACUCUGAUCGUGGCAUUCCGUAUAGUAGAGGCUACCUGUUUCACGGUCAACCAGGUGUCGGAAAGACGUCAAUGGCCAAAGGAUUAGCCAGCUAUUUCCACCUUCCGCUCUUCUCAACUAGCCUAAGCCGGAAUAUGAACGAGCAUACCCUCGACACCCUAUUCCGCCAACUUCCCAAACGCUGUAUCAUCCUCCUUGAAGACAUCGAUUCUGCUGGCAUUCAGCGCGAGGAAAUGAAGGAAGCGAACGCCGAACAACCAAAUCCCUGGACACAGGCGCUAGGAAGGGCUGGUAUCAGCCUUAGCUGUUUGCUGAACGUCAUCGACGGACCGAAUUCUGGAGAAGGCCGCGUGCUGAUCAUGACGACCAAUACACCGGAAUCGCUCGAUCGUGCGCUCAUCCGCCCUGGCCGCAUCGACAUGCAAGUCUUCUUCGGCCCUGUCUCCCGCAAGGUCACUGCGAGCAUCUUCAAGCGCAUGUACAUGAUCGAGACACCAGCCAACGGCGUAACCGUCAACGAACAGACAACGGAACUCGAUGAGCAAGCCGAAGCCUUCUCAUCACAUAUUCCAGAGCUAAAAUUCACGCCAGCCGAAGUUCAGACCUUCCUAACCAUGAACCGCACGCCGGAGCAAGCAAUCGCUGCCGCGAAAGACUGGGCUGAUAACCUCCUGGUCUCGAAGGAGAAGGGGCUGAACGUUAUUACUGGUGAGACUGAUACGCCUGGUCAUGUAUCGUUUGAUGGAUCUGAGACUGACGGGCCCGAAACUGAUGAUUCCAACACUGAUGUCUCCGAUAAUGAAGAAACGCACAAGAAUGAGGAUAGCGAACCUGAUAUGCGUGCCCUCCUGAGCUCAGCGUUUCAACCAUCGAUGCUUGAACAGCGUGUCCCCCCGCCCGCUCCAUCUUCGACAUGCUCGGAUGAAACCAUGGUGGAUGAGGAGUGGUAACGUCCAUCACUGCAGGUCGAGAAACACUCCGCUCCGAGAAAUAUGAGGGGUACUUGAACUUCAAACAAAUUAAGUUUUGUGCACACGUUGAUCUCU